CCUUCAUCUGCCAUUUGAAUAGCAAAUUGAUUAGAGGUGGAACAUGGCUCAUGUAGAGGAGUUAAACUAAAGGAUUCAUACCCCCACGCAGAUUGAAUUUUGCAGGGGAGAUUUACUAAUAAUAUCUUCAAAGUACCGAGAAAUAAUUAUAUGAUAUUCCACUUCCACCAGUCCCUUUCAUCCGUUGACACCCAUAAUACUGCAUACCUCAUGACCCUGUCUCCUAAGUGAGAACUAUAUGCGUCCACUGCAGCGACAUGCCGCUGGAUGAGCAAGGGCAGAAAUGGUCCUGUGAACCAUGCCUGCGCGGCCACCGAUCCUCGAAAUGCAAACACUUUGACCGGUUGAUGGCCAGGGUAGCCAAGUCAGGGAGGCCUUCGAAAGCAUGCCCUCACGGCCGACUGUACUGCGACUGUCGCAAGUCAUACGCAGUUAUGGAACGUCUAGCAUCUGGUAUGCUGGCCAGCUUUCAAGGCUCCAAGCCACUGCCGAGUCGAGCUAAAGCAUGUCUUAUAAGACUCUGUUCGUCCACUGUACCAUGUUGGCGAAAGCGAGCAGUAUAGAUCCACCACGGCAGAGUCAACGACUACCAGCCUGGAU